UUGCUCUGCUUUGAUUUUUCUGGAAAAUUUAAGCCUUUCAUUGAUUAAAAUAUGCAAUUUCAUGUUUCAUUGACUGCAGUACCACAGAUGAAACAAAUAUUAUAUAGUUUGUGAUUAGCAGAUUUUUCACAUGCAUCUAAUAAUUAUGCUUUCAGUUCUAUCAAAAAAGGAUUUUAUAUUUUUAGGUACUCCAGAAUUUGCAUAGGGACAUGGAAAUUCAUUUGCAAUAUUUAGAACUUUUCUGGUUGCGUUUUCUUGUAGGACUCUUAAUAUAAAAUCAGGUUGACUUGAUCUCACUUCGUUGUAGAACGUGGAGUUUUUAGGGUUUCUGCUUGCAGAGGUUAUUUUGGGAACAUUUUGCAGAGAACCAACUUGAUAAGUAGUAGACUCUUUCGAGUUUCUUGAGUUGGAAUUACGCUUGUGUAAAGCUCAGAUAUUCUUUGGGAUUUUUGUUGGCACAGUUAUUUAGGCAAUUUUUUUGGCAGAAGGCCAACUGAAGAAGUAUUAGAAUGGGAGGAAGUGUACAGGUGGGAGGGGUUCAAGAUUUGAUUGUUAGAGUGUCCUUCCGUCAUGGAGUUGUCAUUUCAUGUCAGUUGAUUUUCGUUAUUGCCCUUUUGGUAAGGAAAUGGGCAGUUAGGCUUAAUAACAGGGAAUGCCAUGUACCCCUUGAGAAGAAGACCCGGGGAAAAAUUCAGUUGGGCUUCAGGUACAAGGGCAUUCUGACUUGUUGCAUUUCUCUAGCUGUUUUCUACACCCUAUUUGCUAUAUGGAGGCCUCUGUAUUGGUGGUUGAAUGAAAGACCUAAAGAUUACGAGGCAGAGGGAGAGUAUAUUGUUCAAGCAAUAGCUUGGUCUACAAUGGCAUUUUCUGCCUAUCAGUCUCCCACAGAAACGAGGAAAGAUAAGCUCCCAAUUUUAUUGAGAGUUUGGUGGAUCAUAUUAUUUAUUGUCUAUGCCGUUUUCUUCUUGUUUGACAUUUUACUCUUGAGGGAAAAAGAAGUUUUCCCCACUUCUAUAUGGGUUGAUCUAUUGGGUUUGGCCAUCAGUAGCUUCUUGUGUUAUGUUGGAUGCCAUGGUAGAAUUGGUGGAGACUCAUUUGGAGAGGGGAUGCAUGAGCCUCUUUUGGAUGGCUUUUCUGAGAAAAGUGGAAACCCCAAGCCAGUCACACCAUAUGCAACUGCAGGCAUUCUCAGCCGGAUGUCGUUUUCUUGGAUGAGUACUUUAUUUUCUGUUGGCUUCAAGAAACCUUUACAAAUUGAUGAUGUACCUCAAGUUGCAGGUAUGGACAGUGCCGAAGAAGUGUACAAUGUAUUUAGAGAUCGGCUAGAGGCAGAAGGGAUUCUUGACACCCAGUCAAUGGCAAAAGCCACGCUAAUGUCUGUUUGGAAAGAAGUCAUCUUGAGUGCUUUUUUUGCAGCAGCAUAUUCUUUUGCAGCAUAUGUAGGUCCAUCUUUGAUUGAUGCAUUUGUACAAUAUUUAAAUGGAAACCAGCAGUUUCAGUAUCAAGGCUAUGCUCUAGCUUGUACAUUUAUAGUAGCAAUGUUGGUAGAGUCCUUGGCACAGCGCCAUUUGUUUUUUAAGUUGCAGCAGAUAGGCCUACAUUCCAAAGUGUCUUUCAUGGCUGCUAUAUACAGGAAAGGUUUGCGUCUUUCUAGUCAAUCAAAGCAAAAGCAUACAAGUGGUGAAAUCAUCAAUUAUAUGAGUGUAGAUGCAGAACGUAUUGGGGAUUUCAGUUGGUAUUUGCAUGAAUUCUGGAAUGUCCCUUUACAAGUUUUUCUAGGCCUUUUUAUCCUAUAUAAGAGCUUGGGCUUGGCCUCACUUGCAGGACUGGCAGCCACGGUGAUAGUUAUGAUUGGAAAUUUACCUAUUGGAAAUCUGCAAGAAAAGUUUCAAGAUGAAAUCAUGGAAGCAAAAGAUGAGAGGAUGAGAGCGACAGCAGAAACAUUGAGAAACAUGAGGAUACUAAAAUUACAGGCCUGGGAGACCAGAUUUCUAUUGAAACUUGAAAAUUUGAGGAAAGUGGAAUGUGGGUGUUUGAAGAAGUAUCUUUUCACAGAAUCUAUGUUAUCAUUUGCGUUUUGGGGAGCCCCUACGGUAGUAUCAAUUGUUACAUUUGGUGCAUGCAUGCUAAUGGGAGUGCCCCUAACUGCUGGCAAGAUUCUCUCUGCUUUGGCAACAUUCAGAUUACUUCAGGAUCCUAUAUAUAACCUCCCGGAAUUCAUAUCCAUGGUUGCCCAAACUAAAGUGUCCCUAGAUCGUGUAGCUAUAUUUUUGAAAGAGGAAGAAUUGCAAUAUGAUGCUGUAGAACAAAUAUCCAAGGGCACAACUGAUAUUGCAGUUCAUAUCCAAGGUGGAGAAUUCUCUUGGGACCCUGCACCAUCUAGUUCAACAUUAAGAGGUAUACAACUGUGUGUAGAGAGAGGUAUGACAGUUGCAAUAUGUGGAACAGUGGGGUCAGGCAAGUCGAGCCUUUUAGCUACAAUACUAGGAGAAAUACCGAGAGUUUCGGGCACAGUAAGGUUGAGUGGCACAAAAGCGUAUGUAGCUCAGUCCCCGUGGAUACAAAGCUGUAAAAUUGAGGAGAAUAUUCUCUUUGGGAAGCAAAUGGAGAGGGUUAGGUAUGAGUGCAUACUUGAGGCCUGUGCUUUGAAGAAAGAUAUUGAAUCGUUUGCCUAUGGUGACCAAACAGAAAUUGGAGAAAGAGGCAUUAAUUUGAGUGGUGGCCAAAAACAAAGAGUACAGCUUGCACGGGCAUUAUACCAAGAUGCAGAUAUCUAUCUCCUUGAUGACCCUUUUAGUGCUGUUGAUGUACAUACAGGCACUCAUAUUUUCAAGGAAUGCAUCCUUGGCAUUUUGAGUAAAAAGACUGUAUUUUAUGUAACCCAUCAAGUGGAAUUCCUGCCAACUGCAGAUCUCAUUCUGGUAAUGCGCGAUGGCAAAAUUACUCAAGCUGGGAGGUAUAGCGAUAUUCUGCAGUCAGGCACAGAUUUUUUAGAAUUGGUUGGUGCCCACCAAAAGGCUUUGGAUACCAUGGAUGCUAAUGAAAAUUCCCAUCAUAUAGGUGUAUCAUCAGAAAUUGAUACAGUGGAAUCAGAUAAUUUAAAUAAUAGUCUACUAAAUGAAGCUAACCCAAAGGUGCUAUGGAUAGAGGGCAAUGUUGAGAUUUCUAGGGGAGACAAUGACUGGGAAGAAAGAAAUAAGAGUGCAAGUGAUGCUGAUCCCGAGAAUAAGAAGGCACAGUUGGUGCAAGAAGAAGAAAGAGAGACUGGCAGGGUUAGCAUUCAUGUAUACUGGUCUUACAUCACAGCUGCAUAUAAAGGAUGGUUGACACCUUUCAUUAUAUUGUCUCAAAUGAUGUUUCAACUAUUGCAAAUUGGUAGUGAUUAUUGGAUGGCAUGGGCGAACCCAACAACCCUUGGUGACAGAUCACCAAUUAGUAACUCCCUUCUGAUUCGGGUCUAUAUUGCUCUAUCAUUAGGCAGUUCCUUGUUUGUGCUUAUAAGGGCAAUGCUUCUUUCAGUUAUUGCAUUUAAGGCAGCUAAUCAACUUUUCAGCAAAAUGCACAGGUGCAUCUUCCGUGCACCAAUGUCAUUCUUUGAUUCAACUCCAAGUGGGCGUAUUUUGAAUCGGGUAUCAACAGAUCAGAGUGCUGUAGACUUAACAAUCCCUUUUCAACUUGGAGCGUUUGCUUUUGCUGUUAUACGGCUCAUUGGAAUUAUUGGAGUUAUGUCUCAGGUUGCUUGGCAGAUCUUUCUAAUGUUUAUACCAGUGGCUGCAAUUUCCAUAUGGUACCAGCAAUAUUAUAUAAUCACAGCCAGGGAAUUGGCACGGUUAGUUGGAGUAUUUAAAGCUCCAAUUCUACAACAUUUUUCUGAGUCCAUUUCUGGAGCAAUGACAAUUAGAAGUUUUGAUCAGGAAGACCGAUUUGUGAAAAAUCUUUUCUGUUUGUUAGAUGUAUUUUCCCAACCUAGUUUUCAUGGUGCUGCAGCCAUGGAGUGGCUGUGCUUUAGGUUGGAUCUUCUGUCAACUUUCGUAUUUGGAUUUUCCAUGGUAUUCUUGGUUAGUCUACCACAAGGUGUAAUCAAUGCAAGCAUUGCAGGCUUGGGAAUAACCUAUGGGCUGAAUCUGAACUCUUUGCAAGCCUGGAUGAUUUGGAACUUCUGUAAUGUGGAGAACAAGAUUAUUUCAGUUGAGAGAAUACUACAGUAUUCAUGUCUUCCCAGUGAGGCACCUCUGGUCAUAGAAAAGUCAAGGCCAAAUUUUGACUGGCCAGUUAAAGGGACAAUCGAGCUUUAUGAUCUCCAGGUACGAUAUGGUCCACAUCUUCCACUUGUUUUGAAAGGCCUUACAUGUACUUUUCCCGGAGGAAUGAAGGUGGGAGUGGUGGGGCGAACAGGAAGUGGCAAAUCUACUCUUAUUCAAGCACUCUUUCGCAUUGUAGAGCCAGCAAGGGGCAAGAUUCUCAUCGACAAUGUUGAUGUCUCAGAAAUAGGUCUCCAUGAUCUAAGAUCCAAACUAAGUAUUAUUCCACAAGAUCCAACAAUGUUUGAGGGCAGUAUACGCACUAAUCUAGAUCCACUUGAAGACCGCUCAGAUGCAGAGAUAUGGGAGGCCUUAAAGAAAUGUCAGCUUGAAGAACUUGUGCGUGCAAAAGAAAACAAACUUGAUUCUUUGGUUACUGAAAAUGGAGAAAAUUGGAGUGUAGGUCAGCGCCAACUUGUGUGUUUGGGGCGGGCAUUACUAAAACACAGUCGUAUACUGAUGCUUGAUGAAGCUACUGCAUCAGUGGACACUGCAACUGAUGGACUUAUUCAGUACACGUUACGCAAUCAGUUUUCUGACUGCACAGUAAUUACUAUAGCUCACCGAAUUCCAACUGUAAUUGACAGUGACCUGGUUCUAGUGUUGGAUAAUGGUCAAAUCUCCGAAUAUGACUCUCCCAAGAAGCUCCUAGAAGAUAACUCUUCAUCAUUUCUGAAACUUGUUUCAGAGUACUCGUUGAGAUCAAACAAUUUAUUUUAGAAAUUAUACUUACCUCAAUGUAGUGACUUACAUCAGCUUUGAUCACUCACAAAGUUCACAUCAGCUUUGAUCACUCACAAAGUUCCUUGAGUGUGGGUUAAUGAAUUACAACUCUAUUUGGCAUAUAAGCAUACAACUUAACUGGAUAUUUUAUGAUAGCUGCGUCCAUCCUCAUGUUAACAGGAGCUAUAGAGAGAUAAGAGAAAAACAAACAUUUUGAAAGGGUAACGUAUGGUGAGCAAGCUUGACAAUGAGAUGCAUGUCAUGACCUGCAAAUCUACAAUCGGUAGUACAGCUUCAAAUUUGGGAACAACUGUGGCUUUGUUUGCCAUUUUUGCAUUUUGUGGGAAUUUCUCCUCUAAGUAACUGGGCAGAUAUGCAUGACAGGUUUGGAGGAGAGGCUUGUAAACAUAUUCAUGAAUAUAGAUCUUUAAGAUGGAUAAGAGCAAAAGAGUGUAAUUUAAUUAUAUGAAACAAGCAAUACUAAUGUAAUUGAUGGAUCUGACAUGGCAGAAUAUGUUAGG